AUGAGGCCACACAUAGUGUUAUUUGGAGAUUCAAUAACAGAGCAAUCUUUUAGAUCAGGUGGUUGGGGUUCUUCUCUUGCUAACUCUUACUCUCGCAAGGCUGAUGUGUUAGUCCGUGGCUAUGGUGGUUACAAUACCAGAUGGGCUUUGUUCUUGUUAAGCCACAUUUUCCCUCCUGAUUCAACAAAGCAUCCAGCUGCUACUACAAUAUUCUUUGGAGCUAAUGAUGCAGCUCUUUUGGGGAGAACCAGUGAAAGGCAACAUGUUCCUGUUGAAGAAUACAAGAAUAAUCUCAAAAAAAUGGUUCUGCAUUUGAAGGAGUGCUCUCCUGCCAUGUUAGUUGUUCUUAUUACUCCACCACCAAUUGAUGAGGAAGGGCGUAAAGAUUAUGCCAAAUCCUUAUAUGGUGACAGAGCUAUGAAAUUGCCAGAAAGGACAAAUGAAAUGGCAGGAGUUUAUGCAAGGCAAUGUGUUGAGUUAGCCAAAGACCUAGGCAUCCACACCAUUGAUCUAUGGUCCAAGAUGCAGGAAACAGAGGGUUGGCAGAAAAAAUUUCUUAGUGAUGGUUUGCAUCUAACCCCAGAAGGUAAUGCAGUGGUCCACGAGGAAGUAGUAAGAGUGUUCAGUGAAGCAUGGCUCUCAGCUGAAGAUAUGCCAUACGAUUUCCCUCACCACUCAGAAAUUAAUGGAAAUAGCCCUGAGGAGGCUUUCCAACAGAAAUGCUUAUAG